UCGAGCUCGAUGGAUCUAUGAGUUGGACAUUUAGCCAUCUCAUCACAACUUCCUAUCCUCUAUAUAACAAAACCUACAACUCCCAAAGGCUUAGAUCUCUCUCCUUCUAUAUGCAAGUGAGAGUAUUUGUAAAAAAAAAAAAAAAAACACAAAUGGCACGCUUAGAAAUGCACAACUCCAUAAAUGGUGCUGCAAGAAGCUCUUUCUCUAACGAGUUUGUCGAAAUCAGAUCGGAGAAGAGUAAUGCUAAGAUCAACAACAUUAGCUCGAGAAGCUCUUUCUCCAUGCACUCUGCUGAUGUUCCUCAAAGGAAAGAUCUUACCUUUCCAGGAGACCAGUCACGUCCACAGAACACUUAAAGAAGAGCUUCUUGUGGAAGAAGAGGGUUCUGGUGUCGAUCGCAACAUCUUUUCCCUCAGGCCACUAUCGUUCUCUUCUUCAUCUUUUUCUACUAAGGGCACGUGGAGGGAGAUGUUGGGCCUUAAGAGGACUCAUGUUAGAUCUAAGAUCACUGAUGAAGUCAGUGAGGCAAAUGUUUAUUCAAUGAGUCAAGAUCACAAAACAAUCUCAGGAAAUGUUGCGACGGAGUGUCAAGUUGCAGAUACAUGAUGAACGAAUUGUAGAGAGGUCUCUUUGGUUUCUAGAAAUUAAUUUAGAUUAUAUUUAUGAUAAUCUAGAUUGACUGUAUCUAUAUGUUCUUUGGGGGAAGUUGGUUCCAACAACUCUUUUUGGUUCACGUGUUUUGUUGUUCUUGUCAGUGUUUUUGGUUUGUUGUGGAAACAAUUUGGUCGGAACGUCUCUGUUUUUCAUGCAAGUGAUGAUUUGUGUG